AGCAACAUCUCAGACAUGUGGAAAAAGAUGUUCUGAUCCCAAAAAUAAUGAGAGAAAAGGCCAGAGAGAGGUGUUCUGAACAAGUUGAAGUGAGUGUGGAUCCCUGAGAAAUGACAUACCCUGGGUGGUUUUGCCGAGCCCUGCCGAAGUCUACUGAAGAUUUUACCAGAUGUUGCAAGGACUCUGGAAUCCUUAUGGUAGUAAAAUGCCGGAAAGAAAAUUCUGCAUUGAAAGAUUGUCUAACUGCUUACUAUAAUGAUCCAGCCUUCUAUGAAGAAUGCAAAUUGGAAUAUCUCAAGGAAAGGGAAGAAUUCAGAAAAACUGGAAUUCCUACUAAGAAGAGACUACAGAAGCUUCCUACAAGCAUGUAGGCAAGUAGUGAGUCAGGGAGUCACAUCUAUGGAAGCCACUUGUAACAUAAGCCAGAAAUGAUGGACUGAAACAAUGUUUGCUCACCCUAAUCAUGAAAAUACCAAUUCUUUUUUUUUUUUUUUUGAAAUAAAAA